UGUAAGGGUGCCUUUAGUACAAGGGUCGUAAUAUUAACCACCACUUUGUUUAGCUAACAAUCUGAUUUAUGAAUUACCUGCAUGGAUUACGCAAUGACUGGAAUGGAAGGAAACCCGAAUGUAUUGGCCUAUGUACUUAACCUUUCCCUGUUACCGGUUGCUCGCCACCCCAUGUAUUUUCACCCCUAAGUCUCAGACUGAAAAUUCUAGAAAUGAAUGUAACUGAAGAAAAAGUCUUUGACUUUUAUCACUUCGGCCUUCCUUGUUAUCGGAAGUUAGUCAGAAACGUGAAUUAACUUGUACUGAUGGUGUGCGAAAAUCUAGUGACUUAAAACUGAAGAUUUGAUGAUUAAUUAGUAUUUUAUCAUAAACUCGAAUCCAUUUGAAGCCCAGUAUUUCAGUCUCAGGCAACCACAUACAUCAUACAAGCACAUAUCAAUACAUAGAGAGGAUUUCCCAUCGUUGAGGACUGCAACUGAACACGUUGUACAGUUGUUCAACUACUCCGAAAAAGGUCAUUCUGCUGCUGCCACCAGUACCAGGUUGCUGACUUUGUGGUGGUCGCAUCGUGGAAGCAGCCAUAUACCUGGUGUUAGGAUACAGCAUACCACUGGCGUUCGUCUUCACGGAAGGCAUCCUGGUAUCUAGAUAUUAGAAGAGCGAGCGCCUCUUUAUUCCAAACUUAACACGUAAAUACAGACUCAUCCCGGCCUGAGAAUAUUUGAUCCGUCUUCUCCGUCAUGAGGUUCCGGUUCUGCGGAGAUCUGGACUGCCCAGAUUGGAUUCUUGCAGAAAUAAAUACGUUGGCGCGUAUGACGUCAAUUAAAAUGAAGCUGCUAUGCCAGCAGGUAGCACGGUCGCUUAUAGGAGAGGACAUCGACUACGACAAAGUUAAGAAGCUUACGGCGGAUGCAAAAUAUGACACUGGUGAUGUGAAGGGAUGCGUGGCAGCAGUGUCUUUCGUGCUGACAUCAGGUGCACGUCAUGGGGUGACAGAGGAAGCACUCUCUAGUGAACUGCAGCAGUUGGGGCUGCCACGUGAGCUGAGUGCUGCACUCUGUCGUGUCUACAGCGACAACCUACCUGCUAUUACUGCUGCUCUCCGUGACAACUCACUCCGCUUGAGCCAUCUGAAAGAUGUAAGCUGGCGUGUUGACUUGGUUGGUGGGUCAAAUGUUUUGUCUGUUGAUGGUGAAAUCAGACCAGAAGUGUGCUUGAAGCUUCAGGUGCUUGAUUGUCUAACAGGAGAAGAAAAAUAUCACCAAUUUAACGUGACGGAGGAUCAGUUAAACAUAAUGAUUGAUGAUCUGAAAAAGGUGACAGGCAUUAUUGAUGGCCUAUAGAACUUCCCGCUGUGAAAUACAUCAAAUACAUCAAAAUUGCUUUGUUAUGAUGGAAUUCCAUACAAAUUGUUUUCUUUCCAGUAAUAAAUGAGAAAUGUAUUACUUGAUGAAAUGUUAAGAAAUUUGCAACUUCAUAUAAGUUACACCAUGCAUUUCUUAAGAACAACUGUAUCAAUGGUAAUAAACACUUGUUUGUAACAGAA